UAUUAAAUCAAUUAUGAGCGCUGUAUUGAGCGAUGAUGAAAUUCCCCUUGCUCAAAGAGUAAAAGGUAAAGCAAUGUGUUUUUUAAUCAGGGGAAUGCUUGAUUGUAACACAUUGUAGUGGAAAAUCAAUCGAAUCCUUCUCUUUCUGAACCACGCGUUGAAAAGGAUGAACAAAUGAACGGUGAGAGUAGCUUGAAGGGAUCUCCUGCAAAUGCAGAGGAUAGCGAUGACGAGGAUGAUAUUCCUUUGGCUCAAAGAAUGAAAAAAUCACCUAUAAAGACAGAGGACAGCGAUGAUGAGGACGAUAUACCUCUUUCUCAACGACUUCAAAAGAAAGCCAAUGGUAAACUUUCGCCUGUAAAGAAAGAAAUAAAUGGUGAUCAUGGUAUAUCAACCAAGGAAGAAAAAGUUAAGCCAGAACCAAUGGAGAUUGAUAUACCAUCGAAGAAAAGACCCUUAGAAAAAUCAGCAAGUACAAGUACUAAAAAUACAAAGGCAAAGAAAAAGGCGAAAAAGGAAGAAGAAGAAGAAGAGGAUAUCUAUAAAUGGUGGGAAGAACAAGACCAAAGUGGUAUUCAAGAGGAUGAUUCUAUCAAAUGGACUACCCUUGAGCAUAACGGCGUCAUGUUUCCUCCUGAUUAUGUUCCUCAUGGUGUAAAAAUGAAGUAUGACGGAAAACCAAUUGCGCUUAGUCCUGAAGCUGAAGAAGUAGCUACCUUUUUCGCAAACAUAUUGGAAAGUGAACACGCUCAGAACCCUGUGUUUCAAAAAAAUUUCUUUAAUGACUGGUUGGAAGUUCUUCAAAAAGAUCCAAGCAACCCAAAAAUCACAGAUUUUAACAAGUGUGACUUCAGACCCAUUUGGGAAAAACUUCAACGGGACAAAGAAGCCAAGAAGCAAAUGUCCAAGGAAGAAAAGCAGAGACUCAAAGAGGAAAAGAAAAAAAUAGAAGAACCUUAUCAGACGGCUAUCGUUGAUGGACGUAGAGAAAAAGUUGGUAAUUUCAAAAUUGAACCGCCAGAGUUAUUCCGUGGUAGAGGCAAUCAUCCAAAGACUGGCAAAUUGAAGAUGCGUGUUCAACCUGAGCAAGUGACGUUGAAUUUGGGAAAGGGUGCCAAAAUACCUGAACCUCCCAAAGGCCACAAGUGGGGUGGUAUCGUGCAUGAUCAAACAGCUACCUGGCUAGCCACUUGGAAAGAAAACGUAAAUGGUAAUAUCAAGUAUGUCUUUUUGGCUGCUACUUCUGCUUGGAAAGGGCAGAGCGAUAUGAAAAAGUUUGAAAAGGCUAGAGAGCUCAAGAAUUGCGUGGCUGCUAUUCGUGAGAACUACACCAAGGAAUUAAAGGACAAAGUCAGUGAAAUCCGACAAAGAGCCACAGCCAUGUAUUUAAUUGACAGAUUAGCUUUAAGAGCUGGUAAUGAAAAGGGCGAGGACGAAGCAGAUACAGUUGGCUGUUGCUCACUUCGUUAUGAACACAUUGAAUUGGAACCACCAAACACCCUUCAUUUUGAUUUCCUGGGUAAAGAUUCUAUUCGAUAUCAAAAUACCGUCGAAGUUGAUGCUCAAGUAUUCAAGAACAUCAAGCUCUUCAAAAAGCAGGUUGGGCCUGGACACAUGAUUUUUGAUCGCUUGACACCAAAUGGAUUAAACAAACACUUGAACAACUACAUGAAGGGUUUAUCUGCCAAAGUGUUCCGUACUUAUAAUGCCUCCAUUACUUUUCAACAACAAUUAGACAAAAUGACAAAUCCUGACGACAGUAUUCAUGACAAGUUACUAUCUUAUAACCGCGCAAAUCGUGAAGUAGCCGUCUUGUGUAAUCACCAGAGGACGGCCUCCAAGAAUCAUGAACAACAAAUUUCCAAAAUCGAGGAUCGCAUCCGUGCAUUAAAGUACCAAAGAAUGAAGCUCCGAAAGACACUUUAUGCUGCGGAUCCCAAGAUGAAGAAAAAUCCAAAAUAUGCCGAUCCCGAAUCAGAUUUAGAAGAAGAAUGGAUGAUACAACAUGAGGCAGAUUUAGUGAAAAAGGAAAAAGAGAGAAUCAAGUCGCGUUUCCAAAAGCAAAAUGAAAAAUUAGCUGCAAAAGGAGAGCCAGAGUUGGAAGAGUCAGAAUUGACAAAAAGCUUGAAGGCGGCUGAUGCCCUCCUAGACACGUUUGCAAAAGAACGCAAAGCAGCCACGAUUGAACCCAAGAGUUUGAUGACAGCCGACAAAUUGAUCGUUAGGAUUGAAAAAAUUGAUGAGCGUAUUGCAGCUACCAAGGUCCAAGCGACAGAUAAAGAAGAGAACAAACAGAUUGCGCUAAAUACUUCCAAGCUAAACUACAUUGAUCCACGUAUAUCUGUUGCAUGGUGUAGAAAGUAUAAUAUUCCUUUAGAAAAGGUGUUUAGCAAGACAUUGAUUGAGAAAUUCAGAUGGGCACAAAAGAUACCUGACGAUUGGAAAUUCUAAAUUCCCAGUUUUUAAAAUACAAAUGAUCACAGUGUAGUAAACAUUCAUUCCUUUUUUUGUUCAUGGAGACUAUAAUAAAAAGCUACUCUAUACAUCUUUCUUUUUGGCAACUGC